CAUUGCCAUGGCAACUAAAGAAAAUAUGACUUCGCAGAGAGGGAUGUUGAAGUCAAUACAAAGCAAGAUGAAUACCUUGGCUAAUCGGUUUCCAGCAGUGAACAGCCUGAUUCAAAGGAUCAACCUUCGGAAACGACGAGAUUCUCUCAUCUUGGGUGGCAUUAUUGGCAUCUGUACCAUCCUACUGCUGCUAUAUGCUUUUCAUUGA